AGUGAGGAGAACGUUCCGAUUCGAUUCGAUUUGCAUAGCAAGUAAGAGGAACUCGUACGGCUGCAAAGAUACAUCCUGGAAAAUGACAGAACCAUCGGUGAGCUAUGCCCUCUAUCUGCACCGCCGGGAGCUGGGGCGUCCCAAGCGCCGGCUGAUGCGAAUUGCCAGCACCAAGCUGCAGUUGACAAACGAGCUCAUCCAGCUUCAGCAACGCCGGCAGUGGGAGUCGGCCUUUGACCCCGACUUCGAUGCCGAGGCAAGCAUCCAGCAGAGCAGCGCCCUCAACCGGGAGCGGGAAUAUCGAGACAGAUUGAAGCGCAAUAUGCAGCGGCAACUCGAGAAGCAGCAGCAGCGACAACGCAAACAUCUCGAGCAAAUGGGCAAGCUUUAGGAUAUCAAAUAUCAGCACAGAGACAAAAACUGCGUAUUUAAAAUAAUCUAGGGGAAAAAUUCCUCAGAAGCCCAGAGUUCCUCCA